AUGAAGGGCGAAGCGGAGCCCGAGCAGGUGCUGCUCGUAUGCUGCGGCGCCGAUCUACAACUUACGUCGGACGGAAGGGGGCGCCUUGCACCAUGGGGAGGAGGGCAGCCCCCGAGGAAGGCAAUCGCGGCCGGGGCUGCCCCGCUCCCCCCCGUCGUCGCGCGGCGCCGCGGCGCCGGCGGCGCGGCCCGGCCGUCGUCGCGUCGGCGCCAGCGACCGCCGCCGCGCGCGAGCGACGGGCGCGCGAACGCGAGAGCACGAGAGCGCGAGAGAGACCCCAGGACCACGCGAGCGAGCGAGAGCGACGAGCGCGAGCGCAACGGCAAAACCCCCGCGCAGGAGAAGCCCCGCGUGCGCGAUGAGCGCCAGUCACGGCCGUCGACGCUGAAGGAGAUGAACGCGCAGCGGGGCUACAGCCCCUACAAGUGCAUUUAUAAUAGAAGCGACGGCACGCAGUGCGAGUGGAACAUCGCCUGCUAUUUAAGUUGUGAGGACCUGGGCAUCAUCUGCUCGCUGUUCAUCGUGCUCUGGGCCUGCCUGCUCGGCAUCUACACGCUGCUGCUCAAGGCUGCUUUAGAUACCGACGAGAAGGACACUGCUUUGUGGAUCUUCUUCGCCUUCGGCGUGCUCUUCACGAUGUUCGUGGCCGGCGCGGUCGGCAUGAACCAGGUCGAGGAGGCGCUCAACGAGAAGUACAACCCGAAGGAGGACGCCUGA